AUGUUUCAGAAGCAUGUCACUCUCCGAGAUUCGAAAUUAUGUGAUGACAUCGCCUACGGAGAGCGGAUAGGCACUAACCUCACGACGUUGACGACGACAAAUGCUAGAACCUUGAAUGGUGUCAUAAAGGGCCUACUUUACGUCCCUGAUAUCAAAGGUAUCACAAAUUGCGACCAUAUACAAUACGACUUUAUACCCACCAAUGUUACCCGACGGCGCGAUCUGCCUCCCAUAAACUACGAUUUGAUUGCCCUGGCUCCAUGGUUCAGCAUGGAGUGCACGUUGGCAUAUCUCAAUGCCGCACGUCUCGACCCAAUUCGUGCAUUCAUCUUCUACAAACCUAAUAACUCAACCAACAAGCCUCAAGAUGUGGACUCGCCGGUAUGGAAUCUCGACGACAAUGGAUCGUGGAAAAGUUCAAACCAAUUCCCAGUCUUUGCCGUGCCCGGCUUUGACGGACAGCGCAUGAUGUCGCAGAUUAGCCAGUACUCUGGGAAUGCGACAGAAGUCCCCAAUAGCAAAGCCAUUCAUUACACAAUGAAGACGAAUUCGCAGGAUUACAUUCGAGUAGCGACAGAGUUGCAAAUGACCAGCCCUUCGGACAUGCUCGCGCUCUGGGUGUUUUUCAUCAUUGUCAUUGGUGCGCUCCUGGUUAUUAUCCUCAUUGUGUCUCUUUCCAUGCGGUUCAUCCAACGCCGUCGGAGAACAGCACUUCGACGUCGGGUGAUGUCAGGCGAGGUCGAUCUGGAGGCAAGCGGAAUCAAGCGUGUGGUGGUCCCUGCAUCCCACGUACAAAACUUCCCACUCUACACCUACAAUGCCGAGCCGGGGCUGGCGAGUGCACCCCCUACACCCAGCUCAACGGGUGCCCCAAUCUCUUCUCGAUCAGUUCGGUCUUCACGAACAAGCCGACGCCACCAUGAUGCUAAAAGCGUCGUAUCUGAUGUUCGCCCCCCUGGGAGUAUCAGAAGUAAAAGAUCUAGCCUCGCGGGCUCAGUCGACAUGACGGCAACGAAUUUUCAACCCAACUGUCACAUCUGUCUUGUCCGAUUUGAACACCGAAUAUCUAUUAUUCGAGAAUUGCCUUGCGGCCAUAUUUUUCACCCGAUGUGUAUUAAUGAAUUUCUCACAGAAAACAGCUCCUUGUGCCCGAUGUGUAAACACUGUAUGCUUCCUGUAGGCUACAGUCCGAAGAUCACGAAUGCAAUGGUACGUCGCGAGCGGGCUUUGCGACGUUUGCGCGGGCGAGUAGACCUCGAGAUCGACUCGCCGCUGGAGGCCAAGGAUCCAAAGAUAAAGAUUUGGGGCAAGCGGGUGUUUAGCAAUUCGUUCGCCUCGACGACUAGCAUGGUUCACGAAGUUCCAAUGACCCCAAUUAAACCGAAACCCAUUUCUCAAGAGAUAAGCCUCCAGUCGCCCUCUACGACUUCAGAACGACCGGAGUCAACGGCUUUGUCAGACAGUGGCUCGACAGCUGGGCAUCCCGAGCAACCGGAACCAUCACCUCAGCCGAUGAACCAGGCCAGAAUAGCUCGGCCACGAAAGAAGCGACCGAGAAACUUACGCCUUCUCCCCACCCAGCCGGAGAAUUCCGAACUCAGGACAGAACCUGGAGGAGGAAGAAAGAGUCCGUCCUCAUUUGCUCGGGAACGGAUGCGGGAGAUAGCUGCAAAGAACGCGCCAUUUGACGACCCGGACCAACAGCGUCCAAGGUGGCGUCGUGCUGUCUCCAUCGUUUUCCCGGCGUUUGGUUGA